AUGCCGUUGCAUACUGCUUGUGCCUCAUCACCAGGCGAUGUCAAACCUAGGGCAGAUCCUCUGACAUAUGUCGGUGUGGACUGGUCAUCUGUCAUCGUCGAGGAACGUGACAACGGCGUCGUCUACAAGAACUCACAGUCCGUCGAGAUGCCGCUGGAGAGUAUCCUUGUCGAAGCAGGCGUCAACAUGGUGCGUCAACGCGUCUGGACCGUGGAUGGCGACUACGGACUGCAGUACAACCUGAAACUGGCGCGACGAGCGACCAAAGCUGGCUUAAUGUUUGGCCUCAACCUCCACUACAGCGACACAUGGACGAACCCAGACCUGCAAGACAUUCCCACCGGCUGGCCGCAUAAUAUCGACUCGCUCGAAAAUAAACUCUACGCCUACACGACAGAAGUGUGCGAAACGUUCGCGGCAGAGAAUCUCCACCCCGAGACUAUUACCAUCGGCAACGAAAUACCAUCCGGAAUGCUAUGGCCCACAGGCCAUUAUGAAAACCCCGAGAACCUGGCCCGGCUGCUACACACCGCCGCCAGGGCCGUUCGAGAUUCGUCGCUGGGAGACCACACAAAGGUCGUGACUCAUCUCGCCCAUGGCUACGAUGUUGAGCUCCAGCAUUGGUUUUACGACUUGGUCUUGGACACUGGACUACUCUCUGUGGAUGACUGGGAUGUCAUCGCUGUCUCAUUUUACCCAUUCUGGGGGGAGGGAGCGACGAUGGCCGCGUUGAACACGAGUCUGACGAGCCUAUCAACGAAGUAUAACAAGGAGGUUCAGGUGGUGGAGACGAACUGGCCGACGGAAUGUAGUAACCCGGAUUAUCCAUUCCCGGAGGAUCAGCUCGACAUUCCGCUCAGCCCGGCUGGUCAGACUCAGUAUCUCCAGCUGUUGGCCUCUACCCUCAAGGCCAUACCAGCUGCGACUGGCCUGAACUACUGGGAGGCCGCUUGGGUCAAUAAUGCCGUUUUGGGGUCGUCCUGCGAACGCAACAUCAUGUUUGACGCUAAUGGCCAGGCUUAUGACAGUUUGUCCGUCUUCGGGUCUCUUUAUUAA